CGCGCAUACUGCAAAUAGCUCUUCUCGCGUUCGCAUUCGCAUUCGCAUUUUCCAUACCAACCCAAACCCCCCUAAACCCAAGUAGUGAUCCACUCUCAUUAACAGCAUGUGGUCGAAAGUUGGCAUCGUCGGAGCCUUGGUGGUAAUGGGUGGCGUUCUGGCCUCCAGUGUUGUGGACAAUUUCGCCUAUGUGGAUCGCUCACUGCCGGUGGCCAUGCCCAAGGCAAAGGCUCUGCAAUUGGCCAAGGAGUAGAUGGAGGAUAUAACACAAGUAGUGGAUGAAGGAGUUAGUUUGGAGUUGAGUGUGUGUGAAUCCUGGAAGGCAGUUCCUGCAACAGGAACCUAGUGAUUUUCCUAUUCAGCUGUGGACCCAACUAUUCCGACUUGAUGUUAGUUUUCCUCGCAAGUCGGGAAAUAGUUAAUGUAGGUCCAAGAACCAUCAACUCCUUGCCUGCUUGCCCUGAAGAACAAGUUAAGCUGUUAAUUUAUAAACCUUUUUUUUUUGUUAAUGUUUAAUGUACGACUAAGCUAAGAAGUUCCUUAUGUAAUAUUUUUUUAAGCUAUCAAAAAAUUAACUAAAAUGCCAGAAUGACAUUUCCGGA